UGAAUUUAAUGUGGAUAGUCUUUCAAACAUGAUCUUACCACCGACGUUUGUAGCAGGUUUCCACGAUGAAGCCGCGGUACGACGGAUGAAAUACAAUCGGUUUGGCGCAACCGGUUUGUUGGUUUCGCAUCUUUCAAUUGGAACGAGUGGAUUUUGCCCACAAUACGGCGAUUAUUCGAUCGACCAAUGCAAGGAAGCUUUACAUAGGGCGAUUAAAUCUGGAGUCAAUUUCAUUGACACGGCACCUUUGUACGGUCACGGGGUCUCUGAGGAAGUUUUAGGGAAGUGUUUGGAAGGGAUCCCUCGACAAGCCUACUAUCUUUCAACCAAGGUUGGGCGGUAUCAUCCGAAACUGAUGUUUGAUUUUUCCGCCGGUAAAACUAGAGAGAGCAUCGAACUUAGCUUGAAAAAGUUGGGAGUCGAGUACAUCGAUUUAUUGCAGGUGCACGACAUUGAGUAUGAUAAGUCGUUGAGUACCGUUCUUCAGGAGACUCUACCGGUUCUGGACGAGGCACGUAGGACUGGUAAAGCUAAAUUUAUCGGUGUUACCGGAUACUCAGUGUUCACCUUGGCCGAGUGCAUUGAGAAGAGCCGUGUUAAAAUUGAUACAGUUCUGAGCUACUGCCGUUUGUCGCUUAUCGAUACCACCCUUCAACAGUAUUUGCCCGAUUUUAAAGCGAGGGAUUUAGGUGUUAUUAACGCGGCAGGGCUUUGCUUGGGGCUCCUGACUGAUGAAGGUCCACAACCUUGGCAUCCGGCACCGCAAUUUAUUAAAGAUAUUUGCGUUGAAGCCAAUGAAUACUGUAAGGCUAAUAACGUUAGCCUAGCAAGAUUAGCUACACACUACUGUUACCAGCAGUCAGGUCCGGACACCACUUUAAUCGGCAUGAACCAUGUGGACUUGGUAUGUGCCAAUUUGGAUGUUUUGUACAAUGGUAUAGACUCUCAUGAGCAGCAGGUGCUGACUGAUGUACAAAUGAGAUUUUUUUCAAAAUUGAAGAUAGGAAAUUGGGAGCAAGAAAAUAACAAAUUUAAAGAGACUUUGCCAUAGAGCCACUGCAGAGAAGUACUUCGAUAUUUUUGUAGUAUACUGUAGUUCUCUUAUAUAAAAUGAAUUGUAAAUCAAGUACAUUCAGUGUAGAUUAAAAUUCUAGAGCACAUUAUAAAGCAUCUUAAAAAAAAG